AAUUAAAGAGAUCCCAUCUCUUCAUCAAAAUAUAAUCCAAAAUCUUAAUCAUUCACCUAUUCUAUCUAUCUAUUUCUUUCCAUCUGUAAUCUGUUGUCUCUGUCUACAAUGUAAAUUCUUGUCAGUUGUUGCAGAAUUUGUCAAACACAACUACAACUGUUAAAUUAGAUAAAACACAAGGUAUAUAAGAAGAUAGAGAUAAUAAUUCAGGUUCGAGGAAGAGCUUGAAAUGGAGGUUCGAAACAAUGCAGGGGGAAUCAUAAUGGGAUAGACAUGACCACCACCACCACCACCACAUCACCACCAUCUCAGCAUCAGCAUCCUCUUCCUUCCCCUAAUAAUAGCAAGCAAAUUAAGCCCUCUUCUAAACCAGUUGAUACAAAUUCUGUCACUCUCAGGUUACAGAAAGAAUUAAUGUCUCUCAUGAUGAAUGGGGGUGAUCUUGGGGUAUCGGCGUUUCCUGAAAAUGAGAACAUCUUUUCGUGGAUUGGUACUAUCCAAGGUGGCAAAGGAACUCCGUAUGAGGAUUUGUCAUACAAGCUUUCGCUACGGUUUCCUCUGGAUUACCCUUUUAAGGCUCCGUCUGUUAAGUUUGAUACAAUGUGUUUUCAUCCAAAUGUUGACCAGUAUGGGAACAUUUGUCUUGACAUCCUUCAGGACAAGUGGUCCUCAGCUUACGAUUGCAGAACCAUCCUUAUAUCCAUUCAAAGUUUGCUGGGAGAGCCAAAUAAUGAGAGUCCUCUCAAUAGUUAUGCUGCAUCACUAUGGAACAACCAAGAAGACUACAAGAAAAUUGUUCGGAAGCAAUUUAUGGAUGAAAUCGAAUUUGAAAGCUGAUGUAGCAGCGCAUAUGAAUGUUGAUCGCUGUCCAUACACUUCAAAGUAGCAGGGGCACAUUUCUCCAUAAUGCUCGUAAUGAAGAUGUUUUGUUUUAGUAGGCAACAGAUAUUAACUUCAUGUUCUUUUAUUGUCGCUGAACUAGUGCCCGCACCUAGGCUGUUUCCAUCACCUGUUACUCAUCAAGGAAUUGCUUCUUCUUUUCUUUUUUCUCCUUAUCGUGCUUCUCUUGUAUAAACAUCUGAAUAAUGUGAAAUAUAAAAAUUUACAGUUGAAUAGGGUCAGAUGUCACUGGGAUCGUGCAAAAAACACAUUACCGGUAGGGAUGUAAAGUCUGUCUGGGGUAUGGCUGAAUUAUUCAAGCUACCUUUUAUUGCAGUUCCUUGCUUAUACUUGUUAAUACAAGACUCAUCUCUCUACCUUGUAAAUGAGCCAACUUUUUCUAA